AUGUCGUCACUUGUGAAGGAGCGGGCACUUGUCGAUUGUUUUUCGUCGCAUAAGGAUUAUAAUGACCAGCUGGAUUCAUUCCUAUUUGACUCUCUCCAACCAUUGAAGCAUAGUCACGAUGAGGAGGAAUAUUUCUACCUAUCCUUGUUGCCAAAGCAUGUGGAGCAGGAGAUCCAACAUAUGUUACUUCUGUUGUGGCUUCUACACGCAUCGUCGUCCCACUUGUUCCAGAAGUUGAAAGUCAGUUUACUGACAACGUGUCGAAUCAGACCAGCAGCUAAAAGUCUCGCUGCAUACAAUCUUGCAUGCUUCCGGCUGUGUAUAUCUGUCAUAUGUUCAACUAGCCAAUCGAUUAGAUCACAACCAAUGAAAGACAUGGGAACCAGAAUCUUCAACCACUUUCUGUUCUUCACAACUAAUCCAGAAUCGGGUCUUGCCAUUGCUCGAACAACAAUGAUGGGAUCAAUGAGCUCUGUAAUGGCAUCUGCUGGAGAAUCGAUUUUGGCUCUCACCGGAAGAAGAACAACCGGUCAAAGCAUCAGAUCUCAAAAUGUUACUGCCGCUGUUGCUAUCGCCAACAUCGUGAAGUCAUCUCUCGGACCUGUUGGUCUUGACAAGAUGCUCGUCGAUGAUGUUGGAGAUGUUAUCGUCACAAAUGACGGAGCCACUAUCCUGAAGCAACUCGAAGUUGAGCAUCCAGCUGGAAAGGUUCUCGUAGAACUUGCACAACUUCAAGAUGAAGAAGUCGGAGAUGGAACAACAUCUGUUGUCAUCGUAGCUGCCGAACUUUUGAAGAGAGCUGAUGAACUAGUUAAGCAAAAGGUUCACCCAACAACAAUUAUCAACGGAUAUCGCUUGGCAUGCAAAGAGGCUGUCAAGUACAUCAGUGAGAACAUUUCUUUCACUUCCGACUCUAUCGGAAGACAAUCAGUUGUUAAUGCUGCUAAAACUUCCAUGAGCAGUAAAAUUAUUGGACCAGAUGCUGAUUUCUUCGGAGAACUUGUCGUUGACGCUGCUGAAGCUGUUCGAGUUGAAAGCAAUGGAAAGGUCACUUACCCAAUCAACGCUGUCAACGUAUUGAAGGCUCACGGAAAGAGUGCUCGCGAAUCAGUUUUGGUUAAAGGAUACGCUCUGAACUGUACCGUUGCCAGUCAGGCCAUGCCACUCCGUGUUCAAAACGCUAAGAUCGCUUGCCUCGACUUCUCACUUCAAAAAGCCAAGAUGCAUCUUGGAAUUUCCGUGGUUGUUGAAGAUCCAGCCAAGCUUGAGGCUAUCCGCAGAGAGGAAUUCGAUAUCACAAAGAGACGUAUCGAGAAAAUCCUGAAGGCCGGAGCCAAUGUCGUUUUUACCACCGGAGGUAUCGAUGAUCUUUGCUUGAAACAAUUCGUCGAAUCUGGAGCAAUGGCUGUCCGCCGCUGUAAGAAGUCCGAUUUGAAGAGAAUCGCCAAAGCCUGCGGAGCCACUUUGACCGUUUCAUUGGCCACUUUGGAGGGAGAUGAAGCUUUCGAUGCUUCACUUCUCGGAUACGCCGAGGAAGUCGUUCAAGAGAGAAUUAGUGACGACGAGCUCAUUCUUAUCAAGGGACCAAAAUCUCGUACCGCCAGCAGCAUUAUUCUUCGAGGAGCUAACGAUACUAUGCUUGACGAGAUGGAACGAUCAAUUCACGACUCUCUUUGCGUUGUUCGUAGAGUGUUGGAGAGUAAGAAACUUGUCGCUGGAGGAGGUGCUGUUGAGACUUCUCUCAGUCUUUUCCUCGAAACAUUUGCUCAAACAUUGUCUUCUCGUGAACAACUCGCCGUUGCUGAAUAUGCUUCUGCUCUUCUGAUCAUUCCAAAGGUUUUGGCCAGCAAUGCUGCCAGAGAUUCAACUGAUUUGGUCACGAAACUCCGUGCUUAUCAUUCAAAGGCUCAACUUAUCCCACAACUUCAACAUCUCAAAUGGGCUGGUUUGGAUCUCGAAAAUGGAUCUAUUCGUGAUAACAAGGAAGCCGGAGUUUUGGAGCCAGCUCUUAGCAAGGUCAAAUCUUUGAAAUUCGCCACUGAAGCUGCAAUCACGAUAUUGCGUAUCGAUGACCUCAUUAAGCUUGACAAGCAAGAGCCAGCUGGAGGACAUGAUGAUUGCCACGCCUAA